AUGGAGAAUGGGGAAUACUUGACAGAUGAGUUUUCGGACCCCGACGAGCAUCUGGACAUGUGUUCGACACGUCGCUUUUCGGAUAUUCUACGACCUGACAAUCCACACCAGCCAUUGAAUGGGACAGCCAAACACAACAUUACUGUGGUUGAUCUACAACUGAUACAACAGCAACAGACCCUAUUUUAUGACAUCUUCAGCCGCGCAUCGGAGCAUUCUGAUACCCUAUCUGUGGUAACUCUUUAUCUCGCCUAUAACACCGUGUUGAAACAGUCGAACCUCCCUCAGGAUGCGUGGGUAAUCAGAACUCUGAGAAGAGUUUGUGCUCAGGAAGGAAGAUCAUGGGAGGAGAAGUUCCGCAACCUCAACGAUACCUACAUCAAAUAUGUUGAACGGCAAGAGCAGGAGGAGAAAAGGGCACGGGACGCUCUGUACGAGUCACAGGCUCUGGGCUUGAGAAGACGCAAUCUGCUAAUCAAUACCUUUCACAAACUGAAAGCCGAAUGCAAGUACAGACGCAAGCUGAGGGCCUUAGCACGCAAAAUGGACACCUUAACGCUGAAGAAGCAGUCUCUCCAAACAAUAAAAAUCUUCAAUGCGAAACUUCGACACCGGCAUACUCUCUCCAAGAUGUUCAGAGAACGAGAGCUGAAACGCGGGUUUCUCAGCAUUAUGAGAAACACGACACAAACGGUGCUUCAGGACAGUGAGGCAGCAUACAACCUUUACGUGCUCAAGACAUUGGAGGACACAUUUGGGUGGUGGAAGGCCAAAACACAGACAGUGGUGAGAAACCAGCACAUCGCGCUAGGGUUCUACAAUGACAUGCUGUUGAGCAGGUGUCUAAAUGGUCUCAAACUGGGAGCUACCACUUCCAAGCUCAUUAACGCACGCGAUGGUGAGACCAAGAGGAAAGUAUGGGAAGCGUGGAGGUGGAACGCUGCCAAGUCUAAUUUCGAGUACCACGAGGCGACCAAGCAUUCUGCGAGUGUAGUGCUGAAUAAGCACUGGACCAAACUGGUAUUAGCAAAGGCUAACAUCGACAGGCACAAUCUGAGUGCCCAGCGGUUUUACAAAGCAAAUGCGUUCAUCAAGUUCUUCCACAUGUGGAGAAAGGCAACGAAGAUGGUUACUCAGAAAGAUGCUCUCGUUGCCAAGACCAACGAGACCCUUGCCAAAAACGUUUUGGAUGCAUGGCGUGCUUCUUUGUUGCUGAAACUUGAAGCGAAACGAUUCCGGAAACACUCGCUGUUACACUUGGGACUGACAGCUUUUACGAUCGGGCUCAAAACUCAGGCAGUACAACGAAGACGGGGUGACGAUUUGAAGUACAGAAUUCUCACAAUGUGGAGGUUCAAAUCACGUGCCAGACUCACCUCGCGGGUCAACAACGGAGUCAUGGCAAAGACCAUUCUGGUACACUGGAGACAAGUCACUGCCGAGAGGAUUGACUCUCGUACAAUGAUGUUUCAGAAGAAAACAAUGGAGCUGAACCAGAAGAUUGCUCAUCGUUUCCUGAACAUCUGGAGAGACCACCUUGAGGAUGUCGCUUUGGAUAUGUCCCGUGCCCACCAACAUUAUCGUAAUGGUCUUUUGACUCUCGGCUUUAGCAAGAUCAGCACAGUGUUCAACAAGAUGCACGAUAUGUACUCUGAGGCUGAAGAUCUACGCAACCGGAAUGUCGGCAAGAGUUUUCUGAAAUACUGGCGGACCAACAUGGAGACAAAACGAAGUCGUCGUCAUGAGGAAGAGGUUCGCGAGUUCCGUGCUCACCGAGACCACCAAAUUGCGAUAACAGCAUUCUCCAGGUGGAGACUCGCCAAGAACAAGGUGGAGGAGGAUAUGGCUGUUGCCGAGGACCUUUUCAUCGAGAAGGAUAUGUUGACCAUGAAAGAGAUAUUUGAUCAUUGGAGAUUCCUAUCCGAGCAAUCCAGAGGUCUGGUGGAAGAUGCAUCUGCCAUCAACGACAAACGUCUUUUGAAUGCGCACUUUUCUUCAUGGCUGUUCAAGGCUGAGAGGGCUGACCUGUUCAGCAAGGCUGCCAACGACACACGAACGAAGAACCUCAAGAAGAUCCAGAGACAACACGUGCGCAAAUGGCGACUGCGAACGUUGCGCAUGAUCCAGAACCAACGAACAGCCGAGGACUUUGAGAAGAAGCGCGACUCUCGACUCGCGGAGCCUUACUUCAAAAAAUGGCUAAAUAAAUGCAGAGAAAAGACUGGUUUUGGUCCCACCCUUUCAGAUGAAGCAGUCAACUACCAUGAAAUUCGAGAAAUGCAUGGCUUUGAAACUCCUUUGCGGUCCAGCAGACGUCCGCCCACUUCUAUUAGAAUGAGCCGUUUGCGUCAGGACCCCAGCACUCCACGAACUCUUCUCGCACCCCUGUUACGAAAACAACUGGACAACGUGAAUCAACAAACUAUUUAA